AUGUAUCCUCUCACAGUUAUAAGAAUAGCAAGAGGACACGAAGUAAAGGUGGAAAUGAAGAGCGGGAGCAUAUACACAGGAAUGCUUUACAAGUGCGACCUAUGGAUGAACAUCCAUAUUAAAAAUGCAAUUAAAAAUGGAACAGAAGAAAUAGAAGAGUGCUACAUAAAGGGCUCAGCAAUUAAGGCAGUGCACUGCAAAAAAAAGCACCUUUCAAUGCAAGAAAUACUCCAGAAAAGAAAAAAAUAG